CCACACCUAACCCCUAAACCCACACAUAGUCACAUACACACUCCAUCCUAUAACCAAAAUCCUCCCAAAAAGUGCUUAAACUACCUAAAGCUCCAAUCUUGAAUUGGUAUCUACAUACCCAUGGCCAACACCAUUUCUACUUCUUUGGUUAAUAACCUUCAUUACAAAUCUAGUAGACAAGAGUUGCGCAUUCAUUGUUCUCUGCAAACUCCAUCCAUUCUCCAUUUUCCAAAGCAAUCGACUAUUCCCACUUCAAUAUCCACUGCCAUUUCACCGCCGAAUCAAGAAACAACCGCAGUUGUACCCUCGUCGUCGUCCCCGGCGGCUCCGAAAUGGAAUUUACUGCAAAGAGCGGCGGCAAUGGCCUUGGACGCGGUGGAGGAUAAGAUAACUGCGCGCGAACUCGAGCACCCUUUGCCGAAAACGGCCGACCCUCGCGUUCAGAUUGCCGGGAAUUUUGCUCCGGUGCCGGAGCAGCCCGUCCGGCACUCGCUUCCGGUGGUCGGAAGGAUACCGGAAUGCGUUCGGGGGGUUUACGUCCGCAACGGGGCCAACCCGCUCUUCGAGCCGGUGGCCGGACACCACUUCUUCGACGGCGACGGGAUGAUCCACGCCGUGCAGUUCAAGAACGGCGAGGCGAGCUACGCCUGCCGGUUCACGGAGACCCAACGGUUCGUCCAAGAACGGGCCUUGGGCCGCCCGGUUUUUCCCAAGGCCAUUGGGGAACUUCACGGCCACUCGGGGAUUGCAAGGCUGCUGCUUUUCUACGCCCGCGGGCUUUUCGGGCUCGUCGAUCAGAGCUCCGGCACCGGAGUAGCCAACGCCGGUCUGGUCUACUUCAACAACCGCCUCUUAGCCAUGUCGGAAGACGAUUUACCGUACCACGUCCGCAUAACGCCCUCCGGCGACCUGAAAACGGCGGGAAGAUACGAUUUUGGCGGGCAAUUGAAAUCCACCAUGAUCGCUCACCCCAAGCUCGACCCAGUCUCCGGCGAGCUCUUCGCGCUCAGCUACGACGUCAUACAAAAGCCGUACCUCAAAUUCUUCCGAUUCUCCAAAACCGGCGAGAAAUCUCGAGACAUCGAAAUCCCAGUCCCGGAGCCGACAAUGAUCCACGACUUCGCAAUCACGGACAGAUUCGUGAUCGUCCCAGACCAGCAAGUGGUGUUCAAGAUGUCCCAGAUGAUCCACGGCGGCUCGCCGGUGGUCUACGACAAGAACAAGGUUUCAAGAUUCGGAAUCCUAAACAAAUACGCCGAAGAUUCCUCGGAGAUAAACUGGGUCCCAGUCCCCGACUGCUUCUGCUUCCAUCUCUGGAACGCCUGGGAAGACACAGAGACCAAUGAAAUUGUGGUGAUCGGGUCCUGCAUGACCCCGCCGGACUCCAUUUUCAACGAAUGCGACGAGGGGCUAAAGAGCACUCUAUCCGAAAUCCGACUAAAUCCGGUCACCGGAGAGUCUACCAGAAAGCCGAUCAUACAAAACCCAGAAAAUCAGGUCAAUUUGGAGGCCGGAAUGGUGAACAGAAACAAAUUAGGGAGAAAAACACAAUACGCAUAUUUGGCAAUAGCAGAGCCGUGGCCGAAAGUUUCCGGCUUUGCAAAAGUGGACCUUUUUACCGGCGAAGUCAAGAAGUUCAUCUAUGGAGAUGAAAAGUACGGCGGAGAGCCCCUGUUUUUACCCAGAAAUGUGAAUUCCCAAGAAGAUGAAGAAGAAGAUGAUGGGUAUAUCUUAGCCUUUGUGCACGACGAAAAGGCAGGGAAAUCAGAGCUUCAAAUUGUGAACGCACAGACAUUAGAGCUUGAGGCCUCUGUUAAGUUGCCUUCAAGAGUUCCCUAUGGCUUCCAUGGCACAUUCAUCAACGCCGACGACCUGUCCUCCCAAGCUUAGAGCGAAGAUCGGUGAACAAUCCGGCCCGGAAUCUCCUUUUUUUUGGGAGUUGUAUAAUUUAGAUUUUUUGUUUUGUUUUGUUUUGUUUUAAUAGGUACCAGCUUGCAGCUUAUUGGAUAUAAUUAGGAUUAGAGCUCAGCUGGUUGUUACAUAUGCUUCUGCUUCUUCACCAUAUGUGCAAGGUCUGACAUAA